AAAUGUACAUUUAUGAUCAGUUUUAAUAUCAUUAUAAUAUAAUGUAUGUUUAUGGUGUUUGUCACAUGUAUGUUGGACGAAUGGGCUAUGGAGCAUGGGCUGAAUGGAGUUGGGCUUUAUAAAGCAUGAAGAUAGGAAGAUGGGCUAAAAGAAGCAUGUUCGUGUGAAGAUGGGCUUGUCAGUUGAAGCCGGGUUAUUAUCAACCCGGAUAAAGUGUUAGUUGGAGCGAUAUUUAAGAGAAAGUCCAGAUGCUUCUCAAUUAUUCACCAAGAUAUUUUCUCUAUCUAGAGUCUGAAGAGAUAAUAGCUUUUAUGUUCGUUCCAGAAGAUAAGAAGACUUCUAGGGUUUUAUUCUGCUGUUCAUCCUUUCUUGCUCUUGUCUCCUUAUCGUUCUGCUGGCAAAUCAGAUAAGUUUAUGUGUAGUCGAUUAUCACUUACAUUCUUCUCUCUCAUUGUGUUAUUGCUCAGUCUGUUCGACCCAGCUGUUAGGGUUUGUAAUUGUGUAGUUGUUCUUGUGAAUCUCUCAGCUGUAUUGUGAGAGAUUUGUGUCUGUAUUUCUAUAGAUAAUCAUCUAUUGAUGAUUAUCGUUUGAUCUUUGGAUCUUGUAUUCUUCUGGUCUUACUGUUCUUGUAAGAUCUUGGGUAUUUUGGGGGUUUUUUCUGGUUUGGGUUAAUAAAAGUUUCUCCACGUUUUGUCGCUUAUUUUGUGUUAAUGUUGUUUCUUGUAUUAUGUGUUGAGAAUAUAUACCAUUUUUGACAUGGUAUCAGAGCCGUAAGGCUCAUAAUUUGUAGUUUUUUUAUCGGUUCGUUGAUUCUGGGUGGUUUUUCAUAUAUAGGGUUAGGUUUUUUUAUCAUUAAAUUCUUCCGCUGUCAAGAAAGGUUUACAUUUAAUCUGCUAAACAUUAGUUGUGUACAGUGGUUCAGGUUUAUGAAAAUUAAUCGUCGUAUUUGUAUGCAAGAAGUCUGAUUGUUUUCUGUAGUGUCUCUAGAUCUGUCCCUUGCCAUUUGAUUCUGGUGUUUGAUUGUGGGAGUUCUUUAUAAAGCUCCGUUUUAUGGUUCUUCCGCUGUGGGUUAUUGAUUUGGAUUUAGAAUUUUUUUAUAAAGCUCUGUUUUCUGGUAUUAUUAAAUGUUCUUGGUAAUUUAAUCAAGAUCGUGUUUGUAUUUGUUAAAAUCUGGUGAAGUUUUGUUCGGUCAUGUUGUUCUUUGUGUUUUUUGUGUUGUAUGUUUCAUUUUUUUUUGGGUUUCUCUUUGUCUGGUACGUUUUGACCUGUUUCUUGGAGUGUGUGCAGGCUCGCAUCUGGUGAAAUCUGUUUUGUUGUUUUUUGGUAUGGCACAAAUCCUAGUUAGGGUUUGUUGGAGGUCAAGGAGGUGUUCUAUCAUCUGUUAUUCUCAAGACCUGUGUUGGUCUCUGAACCCUAGAAGGUUCAGGGCAAACUGACCAGGUGGUUUUGGUUUGUGGCUUAGUCAGUUCUUGUAGUUCUCGAAAACUACAGUUCUGAUCUUUUUUUGGAGCAUAUUGCACCCUCUGUAAGAUCUUUCCAUUUUUUUUCUCGUUGUUGGUUAGUUGAAGUCGGGGUAGUGAGGACCGGCACCCUUGAUUGUUUGUUAUUGUUGAUUCUUGUCUAUUCUGUGGUUAUCUGUUCUUUUGUUGCUUGUUGUUAUCUGUUUUUUUUUCUUGUUGAUUACUUGUAUAUUUUCUGUUGUGUUUUGGUUCCUUGUCUUAGAGUGUGGCUCCUGUAUUAAGACCUGUCCAGGCACUAUAAGUGAUGAACCUGGAAUCUGGACACUGAUACAGCUUCGCCUUAGGGUUUUUGGUUGCAUAUAAGUUGACUGUUGUUUCUGUGAGUAGUUGUCCGUCUGUUAACUUGUGUUCUCCUUCUUGUAUAUAGUGUUCAUUUACUUGUUUUUUGUCUUGGUUUAAAAUUGCUAAAUUGUCUAAGCAUAGAUUCAUAAAAGCAUUUGUUGAGGUCUUAUGUUCAUUAACUCUAUGUUAGGAUAUAAUUGUUAUUUGUUAUGUGAAGAUUUUUUGAUUGACUGCUCAAUGUCUCUUGUUGAGAACAAUCGAAAUGUAUGUCUUUCAUAUGAGUUGUAUUUUUUUUUCUUCAAAUGUUUUGUGGAUUAUGGUAAAGGAGUUAUUUAGAAUCGGUUCCUGUAUGACUAUUAAAAUUGUUAAAUGGAGGUUUGAUUUCUUUUCACUGUCCAUAUAAAUAAAUAAAAAAUUUAAAAGGUUUGUGUGCUAUGUCUUAAUCUGUUUAUGUUUUCUUGUGGGUAUCAUGUUAUCUGUUUUUUAUGUGUUUUAUGUGAUAUUUGGUUUGGAUCAGGUGAUUUGAUUUUUUUUUGGCUGUCAAAGUGUCUUCUGUGCAUAGCCGUAUGUCUUAUUGUUUUGUGUGGUAUGGUUAGUCGAACUAUGUGGUUCGUGUGUUUCUAACCAGCUGUGUUGUCAAGUGUGUUCUUGAAUAUGUUGUGCAGCCUUGUUUGCAGUUUAUUUUGUGGUUUGUCUUGAAUACUGCUAAAAUGCUAUUUGUUCUUGAUAUUUGUGUCUGCCUAGCUAUGAUAUCUGUAUGAUGGGGAUCAUUGUCCUAAAUGUUGUUAAAUGUCUUGUAUUUGUAGUCUUGAUGUUUACUUGUCUAUGAUCUUGUUUGUAUGAUUAGCUUGAGCUGUAUGGUUCAUGUUUAUUUAAUGGUAUUGUCAAGAUUAUUUUGUAUAUGUGAUAGCCUUAUAUGUAAUCUCUUGUGAGAUAUUUUUGGCUAUGUCUUAUUGUCUUGUUAUUCUUUGUCUUGUGCGUGAGAUAUUAAAUCAUGUGAUUUUGUACUUCUUGUUUAUCAGUCUUGGUAUGAUUCUUAUGAUUCAGUAUUUCGUGAAAAGUUUUUUUUAAUCUAGUCAUAAAUCUGUUUUCUUGGUUGUUGAGUUAUGUGGUUUACAACUUUAAUCGUUUAACUAGUUGUAUUUCUCAAGAUUAUUUCUUGAAUGUUUAUGAUGAUGGCCUUGUGUUUUUUCUCUUGUGUAAGAGAUAUUUUUCUGGUCUUAAAAUCAUGUGAUUUUCUAUUUUACCAGAGUUUGUAUAGGCUGUAAUUGUUGUCUGGUGUAGAAGUGUGUACUUCUCGUUAUGAUCAGACUUGUUCUUGAAUCUUGUGAUUCCUUUUUAGAAGUCGUGUGACUUUUGUGUUAUCAGAUAUGAUGUUUCUGAUAGUUUUGAUUGAAUCGUGUGGUUCAUUUUUUGUUGAGAGGUUGUAAAAGUUUUUGAUUGAAUCAAAUUAGUCUUUAAGUUCCUCACAAGUCUUGUCAUUUAGAAAUGGUUUUAAAGUCUUAAAAGUCGUGUGACUUUAUGUUUCAUCAUAUAUGUAUGAGUGUAUCUGAUUUUAAAAUCGUAUGUUUCCGUGAUGUGUAAAUCUUUGUAUGGUCAGAUAUGUUUCUGAUACUAUUAAUGAAUCUAGUGAGUCUUUGUUUUAUUCUAUAUGGAUCUGGUAUUGUGACAGAACCUUGUGAAUCUUUAGUCAUUGUUUUACUAGAUUUUUUAUUCUCUUGCAAACAAGUUCAUGUCUUUGUUAUCUUUGGAUAUUCGUUUCAGUGUUAGAUAAAUUUGUUUUGUGUAUGGAAUUAGAUCUUGUCGUAUUGAUGAGUUUUAUGUCUUUGAUCUGGGAAAGUGUUUUUUAGAUCUGUCUAAAAUUUGUAUUUGGUUCAGCCUAUGGGUAAAUCAUAUAUCUUGGUCUCAGAUUUCGGGUUCUGAAAUUUGGGUUAUUUCUGAUUGUUGUUUGGAAUCUUGUGGUGUCUUGUUUGAUCAAAUUUGUGAAUUUGAUCUUGUUGUAGAAUCAUAUGAUUCUUUGUUAGUUGGAAUAUGUUUUCAGAAAUGUUGAUUUUUUGGUUGUUGCUAGAAGUUGUUUUGUCUGUUAGUUAUUUUUCGCUAAUGAUUUUUUUUUUUGAUGUGGAUCUAAAGUUCACUAUUCAUUUGAAAGUUGUUGGUUUACCGAGUUGUAUGACAAAUUUACUUUGUAUACUGUGUUGGUAUGUGUCUUGUGUUUUUGAUUCUCAGUGGUGGAUUUAAUGUUCAUAUGUUGGUUAAAAAUCUGUGAUGAAAAAGGCUGUUGUAAUCGUAUAUCAAUAUGUUAUAUAAUUUGUUUUGAUGUCUUCUUCUAAAAAAAAAGGAAAGUAAGUCAUUACAUCUUUAGGAUGGUUAAGCUGCAACAAUAAAAAGGAGUGCUUGGUUGUUAUAUAGAUUUUGGUUUGUUCAGUAACAGAAACGUAUUGCCACUUGUGGGCCUUGCUACAAUAGUGCGCUGGGGUUAUCAAGCAUGUUUGACAACUGAAUUGAGGGGGGAUGUUAAAAGUAGCUAAGCUAUGUUUUCUUUUCUUUUCUUUUCAAUUCAGUUGUUUACUAUUUUUGUAAAGUUAAUUGCUUAUUGUAUUUGUUAUUCUUAUUGAAGAAUAAUAAAUAAGAUGAAGGGCUGAUUAUGAAAGCUGAUUAUGAAAGUCUAUGCAAGCUAAAGGGCUGUUUGGUUAAAAAGCUUAGGGGUUGGAGUUGUACAGUAUGAUGUCUAGAAGCAAAGGGGCUUAAGGUGUAUGUCCAGGAAAUUGUAACGAGUAUAAAAGACUUAUUGGUGUUCAGAUUACAAGUCUUUGAUUAGCUGUUGUGCACACUUCAACCUAAGUCACAUACUGAGUUGUCAUGGGCUGAAUGGAGUUGGGCUUUAUAAAGCAUGAAGAUAGGAAGAUGGGCUAAAAGAAGCAUGUUCGUGUGAAGAUGGGCUUGUCAGUUGAAGCCGGGUUAUUAUCAACCCGGAUAAAGUGUUAGUUGGAGCGAUAUUUAAGAGAAAGUCCAGAUGCUUCUCAAUUAUUCACCAAGAUAUUUUCUCUAUCUAGAGUCUGAAGAGAUAAUAGCUUUUAUGUUCGUUCCAGAAGAUAAGAAGACUUCUAGGGUUUUAUUCUGCUGUUCAUCCUUUCUUGCUCUUGUCUCCUUAUCGUUCUGCUGGCAAAUCAGAUAAGUUUAUGUGUAGUCGAUUAUCACUUACAUUCUUCUCUCUCAUUGUGUUAUUGCUCAGUCUGUUCGACCCAGCUGUUAGGGUUUGUAAUUGUGUAGUUGUUCUUGUGAAUCUCUCAGCUGUAUUGUGAGAGAUUUGUGUCUGUAUUUCUAUAGAUAAUCAUCUAUUGAUGAUUAUCGUUUGAUCUUUGGAUCUUGUAUUCUUCUGGUCUUACUGUUCUUGUAAGAUCUUGGGUAUUUUGGGGGUUUUUUCUGGUUUGGGUUAAUAAAAGUUUCUCCACGUUUUGUCGCUUAUUUUGUGUUAAUGUUGUUUCUUGUAUUAUGUGUUGAGAAUAUAUACCAUUUUUGACACACCCAAUUAACCUCAAAGUACAACCCUCAGUACAAGACAUGUUAAAAUGAGUUUUAGGUGUUGUGGUGAUGGGAUUACAUGUUCUCGGAUAUGAGUUGAGUCUUGCAAAACGCCAAACAAAAUUCUCAAAACAUAUAGAGAAGAUUAACAGGAAGAACUACAUAAGGACAUCCAUCCAUGCUACAUUAAACAUAAGGAUACAUGGUGCAUCAUUGGAGUUACCAAGUAGCGGCGUUUGACUUCAUAGGGUUUUCGGUAACACCAGUGUCAUUCACUCGGGUAGUGGGUUUGGCUAUUGAUUUUGGCUUCUAGUACUCGAUUGUGAUGGUGGAAAUUUAAAGGGAACGUGACUUUCAGGCAAAUGCCUAAAUGGAUAGUUUAGAACACCACCCAUUUAGUUUGAGUAGUUUCCUUAAAAAAAAAUAAGAUGGCUUAAUAUGAUUGAUUGCUUUAAUCUAAGUAAUUUGGGUUGACCAUAUCGUACCUAAGAAAAAAAUAUAAAUUAUAUGUUAUGUUUACACCCAAAACCAUAAUAAAACAUGAAUUAUAUGUUAUGUUUACACCAAAAACCAUAAUAAUGAAAGUCCACAUAUGUGGAAUCUUCCAUUCACAUCUUAAACUGAAGAAUAAGCAACUUCUAUCUCGGUUUUUUUUUUCUCACAAGUCAUAAAUGGCAACUUGAACAGCAAAUUAUCGUUGUCAUUCUUUAAUUUAUUGUUUAUUUACAAAUUUGCCCCUGACACACGUGUACAAGGUCAAUCCAGAUCCUUCUGAGUGUAUGUAUAUAACUGAUUCUUUGUUGUCAUAACUUGUCACACAACAUUGGAGCAAAUUACUACAAAAACCCUAAAAAAAAAGAUCCACUUUUGGUGUCUCUAAUUCUUGAAAAAAAGGUGAAAACAUGCCUUGGCUAAUUGCAUUCAAGGGAAAAUCUGGUUUCUCUGCAAAACACACAGCUGAACAAGUUACAAAAGGAGUUGAUGGUCAUGGCUUAACUGCCAUCGUUACAGGUCCUACAAGUGGUAUUGGGCUGGAAACCGCGCGUGUGCUUGCUUUGCGUGGUGUACAUGUAGUUAUGGCAGCCAGGAAUGUGAAAGCCGCUACAAAAUGUAAGGAAGACAUAAUAAAGGGCUGCCCUAAUGCUACCAUUGAUGUUAUGGAGCUUGAUUUGAGCUCACUGGAAUCUGUCAGAAACUUUGCAAAUGAGUACAUUUCCAAGGGUCUACCCCUCAAUAUCCUCGUUUGCAAUGCAGGAGUGAUGGCUCUUCCAUUUACCCUUACCAAAGAUGGAAUUGAGAGUCAGUUUGCAACUAACUAUCUUGGACACUUCCAUUUGACGAAUCUGUUGUUGGAUACGAUGAAAAAUACUGCUAAAAACUGUGGAAAAGAAGGAAGGAUUGUUAUAGUUUCAUCAGAACUUCAUAAGAUGACUUACAAAGAAGGAAUCAUGUUCGACAAGCUAAAUGAUGAAAAAUGCUACAACAGUUACCUUGCAUAUGGACAGUCCAAGCUUGCAAAUAUUCUACAUGCUAAUGAGCUAGCAAGGCGCCUCAAGGAAGAAGGGGCUGACAUAACUGUUAAUUCAUUGCAUCCUGGACUCAUUGCAACAAACCUUUCACGUCACUCGAGUUGUAUGUCAGUAUGCUUAUUUGGAGUCAUCAGACACUUUCAAAAGAAUAUCCCACAGGGAGCUUCAACCACCUGUUAUUUAGCAUUAAACCCAAAGGUUAAAGGAGUUAGCGGCGAGUAUUUUGUUGACAAUAAUGUGGCUAAAGCGAAUCGUAAGGCCAGAGAUGUUGAGUUGGCAAAGAAACUAUGGGAAUGCGGUAUGGAGUUGACCAAGUCAAAGUAAAUUUGACACUUAUUUUGGUGGUCCCUUUGUAAAAUAGUCCAUGUUUUCUAUUAUUUUGUGAUUUUGUUUUUGUAUGAUUUUUUUAUAAGAACCGGUGCGGUGUCAUGUAAUGUGCACGUAUUCAAUUCUAUGUAAUGUUGAAAUGUUUUUUGGUAUUACUUUAGUCUCGUGUUAUA